GUUCAGGAACCCCACAGAUGGAGAAAUGGGAAGGAACUUGAUCGGGGUGAAGGAACCGCCUGAGCAAAAGCAGGGAGGCCUGAAGGCGCCCUUCAUUCUGGAAACUCCUCCUUGCUUUCGGCACUCAGUCUCCUGGGUUCCCCAUCAGGUCCCUCAUCCCCUUACAGUCCAGGGUCUGAGGGUCUCCGCGGUCCCCUCCCUACUCAGUCAUGCCCUUCUUUCGAAACGUACACGUGACCGCGGCACUUCUUAAGGAGCGCCCCACUUUGCCUCGGUGGCUUUCAGUUUCCUCACCUCCCGCGGAGACCACGGCCAUGGUCAUUUAUCCACUUGACAAACAUUUCAGGAGCGCCUGCCGGUCCGAGCGAUGAGGACACCGCACUCCCGGGCCUAUGGUGCAGCAGGGGACCCAGGCGGCUCACCAGGAGGUCCCGAGACACAAGGAGCCCUGUCAGGCCAGGGGCGACCAACCGUCGUGGAUACGGGAGCUCUCGGCCAGCCCGACUUCCCGGAGGAGGCGGUGUGGGGACCACCUCCGACCGCCUUUUGUGCCCCCUGACACCUGGCUCUGGCCUCUACGUUUCAGCCCGCUAUGGGCUCGCAUGACCCAGCGCCACCGGGGUCCCUUCUCAGCGCCUUUGCUCCAGCGACCAUCACGUUCCCGGGUCCGCGCAGCCAGCAUCGUGGUCACCGUUUCUCUCACACCUCGGGCGGAGAACCCCCAACGCGGCGUGUCCCUCCUGCGACCCCGUCGCCACGCCACGCCCCCUUCCCGUUCUCCGGAAGUGCGCGGGUAGGAGCGGAAGCGCACGCCCGCUAGGGUUGGCGGUGGUGAUUCCGCGAUGGUAGGCGGCGGCGGGGUCGGCGGCGGCGGCCUCCUGGAGAAUGCCAACCCCCUCAUCUACCAGCGCUCUGGGGAGCGGCCUGUGACGGCGGGCGAGGAGGACGAGCAGGUUCCCGACAGCAUCGAUGCACGCGAGAUCUUCGAUCUGAUUCGCUCCAUCAAUGACCCGGAGCAUCCACUGACGCUAGAGGAGUUGAAUGUAGUAGAGCAGGUGCGGGUUCAGGUUAGCGACCCCGAGAGUACAGUGGCUGUGGCCUUCACGCCAACCAUUCCGCACUGCAGCAUGGCCACCCUUAUUGGCCUGUCCAUCAAGGUCAAGCUUCUGCGCUCUCUUCCUCAGCGUUUCAAGAUGGACGUGCACAUUACUCCGGGGACCCAUGCCUCAGAGCAUGCAGUGAACAAGCAACUUGCAGAUAAGGAGCGGGUGGCAGCUGCCUUGGAGAACACCCACCUCCUGGAGGUUGUGAAUCAGUGCCUGUCAGCCCGCCCCUGAGCCUGGCCUUUGGCCCCUCAACCUGCAUACUGGUGUCCUGGUCCCAGCUCCUGCCAGGGCUCUUACCCUUGUUUUCUUGAAUCACUCACAAUGAGAAACUAACAUUUUGCUUUUUGUAAUAAAGUUAAUUUAUAUUCAGUUCCCAGC